CGGGAGUGUGUGCUGUCGGGGAGCGGCAACGGUAAGCAUCGUCCGAGACGCCACCCUCCGAGAUCUACAUUCGACGGGCGAGGAUGUGGUAAGCUCGUAGGCAGGCUAUCGUCUCCGCCUGUGCUUUUCUUCUGCCUCGACAAACGCUUGAUCAUUCGUUUCUUUUCAGCCCACAACAGAGAUUAUGUACGCUUUUGCGGGAAUCUCUCAACAAUGACGGCUCAAUCCUCCGCCAAGAGCGACACGGCCAGCGCCGACCCCGAGGAGCAAGCAAAGGCUCAAGACGCCCUUGAAACCACUGAAAAGACAGAACAAGCUCCUGAGCGAGACGCGGCCUCUGAAGAGUCGCUCAUCGUGACAUGGGAUGGUCCCGAUGACCCAGAAAACCCGCUCAACUUUUCUUUGCGCUACAAAUGCUGGAUCACCGCCAUCACGUCGCUCAUGACAUUCAGUGUGAGCUUUGGGAGCGCAAUUUGGGCGGCAGCAACCGAAGCCAUCGGUUUCGCCACCGGUAAGUCGUUGUUACGCCAGGCCCUGCUCAACAGCGCCACUGCAGUAGAAAGAUCCUGUGUCGACUGACACUAAGUACAGGUCCGCUUAUCUUUGGCCCCAU